CUAAUAAAAGAAAUGAAAUGUAUUUGGUUUUGUUGUAAAUGUAUAUUUGAAAAAUCAAAUAAAAACGAUAAAAAGGAAAACUAAUAUAUGAAACGAUGAAAUGACACGGAUACAAAAACAUUACACAUACAGUAUGUAGAAGAAUGAAGGUUUGCUACUCCCUCUUCCCCUCCUUUUCCCCCACACUUCUCUUCUCCCCCAACCUUAUACUGUAUACAAGAUUAAGGCUCACAUUGAAUAUAAGAGAUCUGUAAAAAGGACAUUAUGAUCAGAAAACGGACGUGAUGUAUUUGCUUUUGUAACCCAAGAAAAUCUUUACUGAAAACAUUUUAAUGAAAACUUCAUCUCAACACGGACUUGCAUUUAGCUAUGAGGCCCGUACCUCAGAAGAAGAGCCUAUGCUUUGAAUAUGCAAGGGCUUAAGUUCCAUCCCUGAGAUCUCUGGAUAGGAAUGAGACUCGUGUCUGAAGCCUUGGAAAUCUUGGGCCAGGCAGUGCACACAAGUCCUCUGCCACCUUGGACAAGGACUCCCACCAUUCCUGACUACAAGCUUAAGCUGGCUGGAGAUGUUGUGAACUUCAGGCAAUAAACACCCAGUAUGUAAAGCCGAAGAGCUCUGGGACAGAUACUAUGGAACUGGAUUGAUCAGUGGCCGGACGUGACAUUCCUGAGUAGAACAUUACACAUGGCACCAUUUCCAAGAGCCUUGAAAUUGCUGUUGAUGUUCCGAUGGAUGAAAUAUCUGCAUGGGAGUAUGUGUGCUAAUUGGGAAUUACUUAAUUAACCGGUCUACAGCCUAUUUAGUAGCGUAGACACCUCUGGUGGAGCCACACAGUACAAAUUCAUCCAGUGUAGACUCAAUGUUUCCCUUGUACUCUUUGGAACGGUGAAAUGGGGCUUCUUCUGGGCCUCCUGCUUGGGGUAAUUGGAGUUAUAGGAAUUCUUUUCCUGUUGCUUCUCUCCUUUGCAAUUUAUUAUGAUCUUUCCAGGAGUAAAAUCCCAUCUGGAUUUGACAGUCCAUUAAAGCUUCGGGUCAUUCACUGGAGUGUCAUUAUGGUGGUCAUUGUGGGGAAGUGUCUUGAACUGCUGGGUAUCUGCAGACAGGUUGCCUUUAUCCGCUUCCUCCAGAUUUUCUGGAAUCCAAGAGUGGAUCCCAGCCUCUCUGCCAAAGAUCUGCAUUUUGACGGGGUUCCUGUGAGGGUUUAUCAGCCCAAAGCACCAUCUGCUGGCCCAAGGAAAGGAUUUAUGUUCUUUCAUGGAGGAGCUGGGAUGAUUGGAAGCAUCGACUGCUACCAAGAUGUCUGCAGCAAAAUUGCCAAGGAGACUGAUUCAGUGGUUGUGUCUGUUGGCUACCGCCUGUCUCCUGAGCAUCUUCCUCCCGCUCAGUACAAGGACUGUCUUGCUGCUACCAUACACCUAAUUCAAAAUGCAGCUUCCCAUGGGGUGGAUCCUUCCAAGAUCAUUGUUGGUGGGGACAGUGCUGGGGGCAAUUAUGCUACUGUUGUUGCCCAGAAACUGGUGGAGAGAUCAGACCUUCCAAAACUGCGGGCUCAAGUGCUCAUCUAUGGGACUUCCCAGGCUAUGGACCUCAACCUGCCUUCCUAUCAGCAGAAUGGCUCAAUGCCCCCCAUGUUCCGGGAAAGCAUUGCUUACUAUGGAAUGAUGUAUAUUGGAAAAGACACUUCUUUGGCAGGGCAGCUCCUGAAGGGCUCUCAUGUGCCAGAUUCAAUGAGGCUGAAAUAUGGGAAGUGGGUGAGUCCAGACAACAUUCCUAAGAGAUUUAAGGGGAGAGGCUACAAACAAGUCCCACUUGCUCCUUAUGAACCUGAAGUCUAUAGGCAAUUAUCAGAGACAUUAGAAGACGAUUUUUCUUGCCUUUUUGCUGAGGACUCUGUCAUCCAGAAGCUUCCUGAAACCCUGACUGUGAGCUGUGAGUACGACGUAUUACGAGAUGACACACUGUUGUACAAGAAACGUCUGGAGGACAAUGGGGUGAAAGUCAGCUGGUUCCAUGUUGAGAACGGGUUUCAUGGGGUGCUAAACCUCUUUGACGCAGGUGUCUUCACAGUCCCCGCUGCAAUUGAAUUAAUGGACAGGAUUAUCGACUUUGUCAAAAACCUAUGAGAGGAAAUCUCUUGAAUUUGUGGAUCAUUCAUAAGGAAGGGAGAACCUGCCAACUUUAGCUUCUGACAUUUUGUCACUUUCCCAGUCAUAAAUCAGCUCUCCACAAUUCUGUAGUUAUAUGUGGUUCUUGGGGACAGCAGGGAAUUGCUCAUGAAAAUUCACCAGCACUUUUGUGUGAAUUUUUCCUAAUAAACACUUUUACUUUG